ACCAGCCGCUCCGCCUCUCGCCCAUGGCGGCUCCCGGCCCCACGCGUGUCCCGGCUCCGCCACGGAGCCGUCGCUGAGCGCUGAGCACCAGCCCGGCGUCCAGAGUUUCAAUGUUCUGACUUGCUCUAAGAUGAAGGUAUGGAAGUUUGCAGCCAUUGCAUCGAUGCUCCUCAGUUCCAUGUUAUCCAUUUUAGUUUGUAGAGACAUGUUCAACAGAAGCCGGAAAUACAGCCCCUUGCCUUCCUCGCCGUCUUCCUCACGGGCAUCCCCCUCCUCAUCCUCCUCCUCCUCCUCACUGCCAGUGGCUCCACGGAGAUCCCCACGGGCCCUGCAACGCCACAGCUCGCUGCUCUCCCAGUACAGCAGCUUGUUGGAGAGCUACACGGAGGGGGAGAUUCGGCAGCUGAUCUUGGCGCUGGUGGAGCGCUACAGCCAGGCCAUGAACUCGGGUGGCCACGAGCUGCCACUCUUUGCCCGGUCGGGCAGCCGCAGGAAGCGCGCCCGCGCUCGCCACAAACCCUGUGCCCUGAAGGAGCUGGAGGUGAGUGUCAGCGAGCUGGGCCUGGGCUACGAGUCGGAUGAGACGGUGCUUUUCCGCUACUGCAGUGGCACCUGUGAGGCUGCCGUCCGCAGCUAUGACCUCUCACUGAAGAGCAUGAGGAGCAGGAGGAAGAUCAAGAAGGAGAAGGUCCGGGCUCGGCCCUGCUGCCGGCCGCUGGCCUAUGACGAUGAUGUCUCCUUCCUGGAUGCCUACAAUCGCUACUACACCGUCAACGAGCUCUCGGCCAAGGAGUGCGGCUGUGUGUGAAGGGCAGGGGCAUCCUCAGGAGGAGCCGGCAGGAGAGGCGAUGGCCCGGCCCCGAAACCCCACUGCCUGCUGGGCAGAGGGACAGGGGGCUGUGGCAGGGGGGCGAGGGACGAGCCCCAGACCUCUGGCUGGAAGAGGAGAGACUGAGCUGCUCACACAUCCCUUGGUGCCACUGUCCCCUUGGCUGCACAGGACUAGAGACGUGGCUGUCAGUGGAGGCUGUAGUCGCUGGAGCGGUGGUGGCUGCUUGUGGCUGUUGUCCCCCCAGGGGGUGGCCCGGGGGUCCCUGUCACCCCUCCAGGAGGGUGACAGUGGGUGUGCGACAUGCAUGGAGCAUGUUGCCCACUUGGGGUGCAUUACGUGUGAUACGUAACAGUCAUGUUACCAGCGGAGGGGGUGUUGUAAAGUGGGUGUCCCCUGCUCGGGGUGUCCCCUGCACACACUGCAGAGGUGACGGGUGCCCUGCCCACAUCAGGAGUCGCACAGGAGUGUUGGUGCAUGGGGGGUGUUGUACGGGUGUUGCUGUGGUCAGCGUGUGCUGCACACAGGGGGUGUGUUACAGGGUGUAUUAGUUGGCUGUGGGUGCCCUGUGUCACCCCAGGACGGGGGGCUGAGCCCUGUGGGCUGUAGAUGCCUUGUGGAGGGGUUCCCUGUCCUGGGGUCCCCACACUGCUGGGGGCAAUUCAGUGCCCCCAGUCCCCGUGUCUGGGAGCAGAGUUGCACCCAUGAUGGUUUGGUCCUGGGGGAAAGGGCUCUGGCUCCGCUCCCCAUGUCCUCUCAUGACCCCUUUGCUGUUGCCUCGCUCCCCGCAGCCCCUGGAUUUGCUUCUUAAAACUUGCCAUAAUCUGAAGUAACUGGAUUAACCUCCCUUCCCCUCCUUGGGCAGCUGGGCUGGAGACCCGCCACCGCCAGGGAGGUGACGGACCCUUGCAAGGCCACCAGUGUGGCCAGGUUUGCAGACCCGGGUGGGAGCAUCUGUGGUUCGGCAUCUCCUGAAAGCUGGACCCACUCCUCUCCUGGCCGUGGGAUGUGAGUGGUGCCCAUCACCCCAACGGGGCUGGAAUCAUGCGGGAGAGGGGACUCUUGAGGCCUGGGGUUUGGCUCCGGUUCGCAUUUACAGCAGUGUCACUCCUGUUUACUCUGCGGAGAAAUAAAUGAGACCGCAGACUUUUGCAUUCUCUGGGCAGGCUAUAUUUGUUGCCUGGGAUUGAUGGGUUUUCUCCCCUUGGCCCUCUUCCCAGAAAGAGCAAAUCAUAAGCAGAAGGCGAAUAUUGGUAUCAUGUCCUGGGCAUUAACCAGCGGGAGGGAAAACGCUCUUCUUGCCAUCCCCUCCAGGUCCCAACGGCGUCCCAGCUCCUCAGUCCAGCUAAAGUGGGAAAAAGUAUCCCGUGCACCUUCAUCCCAGCAAGAUAGUGAGGAGGAGGUGAUGGCAGCAGCUUAGAGAUGCUGCUGCAGAAUUUUGGGGAGCAGGUCGGCAUCCCCCAUGGCUCAGUUUAGGAUGGGAGACAGCUCUUCCCCCCCUUGCAUCUCCCUUGGGUGACCAGCAGUGCUCCUGACCUCCGCAAAGGGCUGGGCUGGUGGUUUUUUUUUCUUGCUUUUCAUCCAAAUGUUGCUCUUGGCUGAGUGAAGCCAGGAUGUAGUGAAGCAAUAUAAACACCAUCCCUCAGCAGGGCUGGCCGCCCUGCGGCAUCCUUGGGAAAGCAGCCUGCACUCUGUAACACAGAGUUUUCCCCUCACUCUUGGGAAAGGGAGAUGGCAGCUGUGGCCAUGGGGCAUUAAACCCAUCUGUGGGGCAGGAAACCCCUCUGUGGGGAGCAAAAUGCCUCUGUGGGGUAUCACACAUGCUGGGGAACUGGCAUGAGUUGACAAACCCACAGGGUUGUCAAUGCUGCUGGGAUGCAGGGAUGCAAAUGCUGCUGAGACCAGGCAAACUCGAGCCACAUUGCAGGUGCAUGGAGCUCCCAAAACAGCCUCGCGAGGUGUUGCAGCAGUGAGAAGGAGAGCUUGCGCCACUGGGCUUUGGACGGAAAUUAAAAAGAUAGCCCAAAAUAAGCAGCUGGGGCUGCACAGAGGGAGCAGAAUGGGGACAGCAGAUGGGCAGUCCCAGCGUGAGCCGCACCGCACUCACAGCAGAUAAAUGGCUCACUCUCCACUUCAAAAAAAAAAGCCCCCAAAUCUAAUAAUAAUAACUGCACUCUCAAGGGCUUGGGUGCUUUCCAGUUCUCACUACUAUAAAACUAAAAUUAGUUUUGUUGCAGAAGCCUCCAUAAAAAAAAUAAAAUACAAAAAGGGAAGUAGAGCAAUAAAGCAAGGGAAGGUGUUGCAGAAGCAGCGCAGGAGGCACUGCAGGAGGAGGAGGAGGGCUUGCAGCCAGGUUUCCCGGAGCGGCCUCCGCUUGUGUCCCCUCUCAGCCCAAGGGAGAUGUUGGGGCUGUGGCGUUUCCCCAUGUAGUUGGUUGCGCCCUGGUUUGGGAAAAUUUUUUGUCAAUAUCUGGGGAUUUCGGGUGUGGUGAUUUGCAGCGGAGUGUGUGAGCAGGCUGAGGGCUCUCCCAGCCCAGGGGGACCUUCCCCUCGCUGGGUGCUUGCUGGGAGCACUGGGGAGCU